AAACAUCUGCAAAGAACAUAUACACAGUGUGAACUGAAGCUAGUCUGAAGAGCAAGAAUCCAGUCAGACGAGGAAGAGAUGCAGUAUGAUUAUGGAAAAAAUAAGAAGGAGCACCCUGAUCCUGUGAAAGCAGAAUUAAAAGGCUGUCUUCCUGAGUGGCUGCAAGGCACCCUCGUGCGAAAUGGCCCAGGUCUCUUCUCAUUCGGAGAGACGUCUUAUAAUCACUGGUUUGAUGGAAUGGCACUCUUGCAGAGUUUCACAAUCAAAAAAGGAGAGGUUACAUACAGAAGCAAAUAUCUCAGGAGUGACACUUACAACAGCAACAUGGAAGCCAAUAGAAUCGUAGUUUCAGAAAUGGGAACCAUGGCAUAUCCACAUCCUUCCAAAAACAUGCUCAGCAAAAUGGUUACGUUCAUCAAUCACACUGUACCAGACUUCACAGACAAUUGUGCUGGUAACAUCAUAAAAUAUGGAAAUGAUUACUAUGCCACUUCUGAAACCAAUUAUAUUCGCAAAAUUGAUCCCAUGACCUUGGAGACUCAAGACAAGGUGGACUACAAGAAAUACCUUUCUUUAAACCUUGCUAUAGCUCACCCACACUAUGAUAAAGAAGGAAACAGCUAUAACAUGGGAACGACAAUUGCAGACAAGGGCAAGACCAAAUUUGUGAUAUUUAAGGUCCCUGCUGUGGAACAUGGCAAAACUCAAGCUGGCUCGGACUGGACUCCAGCCUUAAAGAAUGCUGAAAUUGUGACUACGGUUCCUUGCCGCUCCCUCCUCACACCAAGCUAUUACCACAGCUUUGGCAUGACAGAGAACUUUUUCAUCUUUAUUGAGCAACCCUUAAAGCUGGACAUUGUCAAAAUGGCCACUGCUUACAUGAGGGGGGUGAGCUGGGCUAGCUGCAUGAAAUUCCAGCCUGAGGAUGUCCUAAUUCACCUUGUCGACCGACACACAAAGAAAGAAGUUGACAUGAAAUACUACACAGACACAAUGGUCAUAUACCAUCACGUCAAUGCUUUCGAAGAGGACGGACAUGUGAUAGUUGACGUGAUUGCUUAUGAUGACUACAGUCUGUAUGACAUGUUUUACCUGGACAAGCUGAAAGAACACACUGCAAGCAACACUAGUGUCAUGCCAAAGUACAGACGGUUUGUGCUGCCACUUACUGACAAGUGUGUUGAACCAGGAGAAAACAUAGUCAAGCUGAAAUACACGACAGCAACAGCUUUAAAAGGAAAAGAAGGAAAAUUACUCUGCAAGCCAGAGAUUAUUACUGAAGGUACUGAAGUUCCCAGAAUUAAUUACAACUACAAUGGACAGAAGCACAGAUAUGUUUAUAUGACCGAGGCAAAUUGUUUAACUGCAACAAAGGUGAUCAAGUUGGAUGUUGAAACAAAGCUGCAGGUUGAAUGGAGCGCAGUGAACUGCUGCGUCACUGAGGCUCUGUUUGUCCCUAGACCUGGUGCAAGUGAUGAGGAUGAUGGGGUAGUCCUAAAUUCAGUCAUAAACUGCAAUCCGGCUGAAUCUGACUUUCUUCUGGUGCUUGAUGGGAAAUCAUUCCAAGAACUGGCCCGGGCUAGUGUAAAAGUAGAGCUGCACAUAGACAUGCAUGGCUUCUUUAUACUGCAACAUGAACCUUUACCUGCUGAACGCACAGCUGGAGAAUCUUCAACCCGCUGCUGAUAAUGUACUUUGGAAUAGAUUAUGAUGACUUUAACUCCUAACAAUAUUAAACACACUAAAACCUACUUGGACAUAUUGGAAAUGUCACAUGCUUGAAUUUACUGUGAUAUGUGCAUGUUUUUUCGACAUUAUUCAAAAAUGAAAAGCAUUAAUAAAAACUAAUGGUAUUAUUAAACACUGCAAAACACUGCCAAUAAGUAAAGGGGCAUCAUAUGUUAAUAUAAAAAAUGCUAAAUAUUUAGUGUUUAAUGUCAUCUGUGUUUUAUCUUUUAAUAAACAUAGACUUUUGCUGCAGUAA